AUGAAAAGAAUAAAGUCUGUUAAUGCUCAAAGCAUUUUCAAUACAUUGAGUGAUGUCAUUGAAGAAUAUAACAUUAAAUGGGAAAACAUUGUUUCAACUUGUUUUGAUGGAGCUGCGACAAUGGUAGGUAGUACUGCAGGUGUUCAAACUAAAUUUAAAGAAAAGAAUAAGAAGAUAUCUUUUGUACACUCUUACGGCCAUUGUUUAAAUCUAAUUUUGGUUGAUUCUGUUGGUUGUAAAAAUAGAAUUGCUUUUGAUUUUUUUGGAACUAUCCAGUUAGUGUAUAAUUUCAUAGAAGGUAGCUCUUCAAGACAUGCUAUUUUUGAAAAAAUUUUUUUUUUAAACUUUUUAAACUUUUUCUUAAAGUUGUAA